AUGGGUCAAGAGCAUCGAGGAACCAUUGCAAACAUUGCUGAUUUUGAUAUCACGAGAUUUAGGACCCGUGCUGGACCGAUGAAUGCUCCUGACCCUUUGAUUGUGGACUACGUUAAACGUGCGGGAUUUGGUGAGACAUAUAGUUGGGGUUCGGCUGUGUUAGCAUACCUCUAUAGUUCCUUGUGCAAAUGUGCAAAAAAGAAUAGUUGUACAUUUAGUGGAUGCGCAUUCUGGCUACAAGCAUGGGCAUGGUGGAGAAUGCCGGUAUUGGCCCCUGCAAAUCCAAACAGUUUCGCCUUCCCUUACGCUUCAAGGUUUAAUGCAAUCGGCUGUCUUCAACAAAACUGUAGAGGUUCUAUUAGGAUAACGAAUUCGUCUCGAGCUGAACGUGUUUCAGAAUGUUUUAUCAAGCCACUUUUCCCCGUCCAAAAUUCUAACCAUAUCUGUAACUUGACACCUUGGGAUAUUGCCAUGUUAUCUAUGCAUUACAUUCAAAAGGGUUUAUUAUUCAAAAAACCAUCACCUCUAAAUAAUCAACAAGAUUUCAUCAAUAAUUUCUUGGACAAUCUCAAACAAUCCAUUUCUAUAGAUUUCUUCCAUUUCUACCCACUAUCUGGUCACCUUGUCACCCAAAUAACUCAAAACCCUCCAUCAUAUUCUGUUCUGGUCGAUUGCAGCGGUGACAAUAAUAAUCCUGGAGCUAGAUUCAUCUAUGCAAAUUUGGAUUCCACCAUACAUGAUAUCCUCUCUCCAAUUGAUACUCCAUCGGUCGUAAACUCGUUGUUUGAUCUUGAUAGAGCUAUCAAUCACGAUGGUCACACCAUGCCGUUGUUAUCCAUUCAAGUCACUGAAUUAUUAGAUGGUGUUUUCAAAGGUUGCUCCAUGAACCACUCUCUUGGUGAUGGAACUUCUUUUUGGAAUUUCUUUAAUACAUGGUCUGAAAUAUUUCAAGCUCAAGGCCAAGGCUAUGAUCAUGAAAAUGUUCCCAUUUCACGCCAACCCUUUCACCAUCAUUGGUUUCCCGAAGGUUAUGGUCCACUAAUCAAUCUUCCAUUCAAACAUCACGACGAGUUUGCAACCAGAUUUGAAGCACCCAAUCUUAGAGAGAGAUUAUUCCACUUUACAACAGAGUCUAUUACAAAACUGAAAGCAAAGGCUAAUAGGGAGUGUAACACAAAUACCAGAAUCAAGAGUAUUUCUGGUAGCAUGUUUAGUUUCUUUGUUUGUGGAUCCUCUUUUAUUUUAUUUUCCAGUAGUUAG